AUGAAUUCCCUACCCGAACAACCGCGACCGCGCGACAACGACCAAAUGGAUUGCGAGGACGAGAGCCUUUGUGAGAGAGCCUCGUCCGCUUUCCCGACCGGUCGCGACUGCCAUGACGAAUCAGACUGCGACCGCAGCCGAAACCCCGACUUUGACACUGUUCCUUCCUCGCCCCUCUCUGAAUUGGCCAAGACGCCACCGCUGUUCUCCUCUCCCCUGGCCGUUCGCGAUCCCGCCGACCGCUACCCGUCCCCUUCCAUGACGUCCCUCUCCUCCUCUUCCGCCCUGGCCUCUGGCUGCCAAUCACCCUCGCGAGCCGACAUGCCGCUGGCCUCCGACACAAUCAACGUCAGCAGCUUCGCCGAAAUGGCCACGUCGGCGCCAUCCGAGCGCCCCCGCAAGAGACGCAAGAUUGCCGCCCCCAAGGAGCGCACCACCGAAUAUCUCGACUUUGACAAAGUCCGCGACAACGGGUUUGACGCCGAGAGCGACAGAAAGCUCGAUCGCCUCGUCGACACCCUGAGGUACCAGAAAAAGAUUGUCGUCAUUGCUGGUGCCGGUAUUUCCGUCUCCGCUGGCAUUCCCGACUUCCGGUCAAAACAAGGCCUCUUUGCGACACUGCCCAACGAGCACAAGAUGAAGGGGUCCGGAAAGCACCUCUUCGACGCAUCGGUGUACAAGCAUGACGAGACGACGGAGAAGUUCCACAAAAUGGUGUGCGACCUGGCCACGAUGGUCAAGUCGGCCCAGCCCACAAAAUUCCACCACCUGCUCGCCUCCCUUGCUGCCGAGGGCCGCCUUAUGCGACUUUACACGCAAAACGUCGACUGUGUCGAUACGAACUUGCCCCCGCUGCAGACGACUGUCCCUCUGAACCGCAAGGGGCCAUGGCCCAAGACCAUCCAGCUGCAUGGAAGCGUCGAGCACAUGAACUGCUCAAAAUGCGGACAGAUCACCCCGCUGAACACAAAGCUUUUCGUUGGGCGCGAGGCUCCACUUUGCGCAGAGUGUACCGAGAUGGAUACCGUCAGAACCAUUCACGGCGGAAAGCGAAGUCAUGGAAUCGGUCGCCUCCGCCCCAGAAUGGUGCUCUACAACGAAUACAACCCGGAUGAGGAGGCAAUCGGCAACGUCUCGAGUUCUGAUUUGAAGAGCCGACCAGAUGCCGUCAUUGUCGUCGGCACCAGCCUCAAAAUCCCCGGUGUAAGGCGCCUUGUCAAGGAGCUCUGUCAGGCUACUCGGAACAAGCGCGGCGGCUUUACUGCAUGGAUCAAUCUUGAUUCGGAGCCCCAACACAACGAUUUCAAGGACUGCUGGGACCUCGUUGUGCGCGGAAAAUCUGAUGACGUCGCCCACUUUGCCCAACUACCACCCUACGAUGUGCCCAGCGCGGAGCCAAGCGAUAUUCUCAACGAAGAAGACAACAAGAUACGCGAGCAGUGGCUGCAGCGGGACAAGGUUGAAGUCCAGCUUUCGCAGUCAUCUUACAACACAUCUCUGCCCGAGCCGGAGUUUGGGGCUCUCACCGAGACUCAAGCCAACGCCACCAAGGUCCAGGGCAUCCCCACGCCCAGCACCAGCCCUCGAUUGCUACCCACACUACCGGGCAAGAAGGCUGGAAAGUCGAGACAGAGCAAGCUUGCCUUUGGUGCCACGCCAGUCGCAAGCUCCGACAGCGAGGCACCAUCGAAAAAGCGCAAGAGAGCGCCGGCGAAGAAGUCUGGGAAGCAGGCGAAGAAGGCGGCCGAGCCUCCUAAGAACGCAGUCACGCAGACUUUCCGUGCUGUCAAGAACCGAGCUCUUGUAACGCCCGUCCAGGCAAAGCAAGAAAAAGACAUCAAGCAGGAGGUCGCGAACGAAUUGCCUACCUUGCGACCACAGCAACCCUUGUCCCGUAGCCCAGUUGCGUAUACGACGCAGAAGUCUUCGGGAAAACCUGGGGCCGACUCCCUCAUGUCCUCACCGCUGCUCCCGGCCCUGACUGACAUGCAGUGCGACGACCUGGCUACCCUACCGACUACGCCGGCCCACACGCAGCGAGGCACUUCUCCGUUGGACGGACGGUCGUCGCCUUGUAUCGGCGUCUCUACCGAUAGCUGCCUGGGCAGCAUUGUGGCAGCCGCUUCUGAGGGCCCGCGCAUCAUAUCUCCAUCAUCGAAACCUCGGGGAAUGGAGGGGCUUAUCAAUUAG